ACUGGAAAGAUGGUUUGCCGGACGUCAUUGUCACUUUCGCGUGUGCUCUUGUGGCGUUCAAUUGUCCAGAAAUACUCCUCGUCACACGUUCUCUCUUCGCGUUCUCAUCUCUCGAGCUGUGUUUCCUUCAGGAUGUCCGGAAAGUACACUACUGUGGAGCGUGGAGUGCCCAAUUCCACGGACUACAGAAUAUUUUUCCGAAAUGAGGCUGGAUGUCCUGUUUCGCCGAUGCAUGACAUUCCUCUGUACGCCAACGAGGCCAAGAACGUGGUGAACAUGGUUGUGGAGAUUCCGCGUUGGACCAACCCAAAGAUGGAGAUCUGCCUCGCGGAAGCUCUCAACCCCAUCAAGCAGGACAUCAAGAAGGGGAAGCUCCGAUACGUGUCCAACUGCUUUCCGCACAAGGGGUACAUUUGGAAUUACGGCGCCCUGCCGCAGACCUGGGAGAAUCCUGAGCACUUGGACCCGGCGACCGGCUGUAAGGGUGACAACGACCCAAUCGAUGCCCUAGAAAUUGGCUCUCGCGUGGCGAAACGCGGGGAGGUGAUUCAGGUGAAGAUCCUUGGAACUGUUGCGCUAAUUGAUGAAGGCGAAACUGACUGGAAAGUUGUGACUAUUGAUGUUAAUGACCCUGUGGCGAGCCAAAUGAACGACAUCACGGAUAUUGACAAGUUCUUCCCAGGACUCCUCAAGGCAUCCAUUGAGUGGUUCAAGAUCUACAAGAUUCCGGAUGGCAAGCCUGAGAACCAGUUUGCCUUCAAUGGAGAGCCGAAAAAUGCGGAAUUUGCCAAGAAUGUCGUAGCUGAAGUUCAUCAGUUUUGGAAGAGUUUAAUCUCUAAGGAAAUUCAAGCUCCAAUUUCAUGUACCAACUCGAGUGUCGUUGAUUCGGCUGAUUGCGUGUCGGCAGAGGAAGCUGAGGCUCUCCUGCAGAAGUCCUCAGAUGGAGGAGUUGCUGAACCACUCAGUGACUCUGUGGACAAAUGGCACUAUGUGCACCUGAAGUAAACCCAAACUUUUGGUAACUCACCCUCAAGUAAGUACCCUUUCCAAUGCACCGAACAAUAGGAUUUUGCUGGAUCAGUCUACACCGGAUUUUUGAGCAUUUAAUGAAAUUAGUUGCCGAUUGCGUGGUAUUUGAAUAUUCCCUACAAUUCCACAGGAUUGGGAUGUUCCAUUGGUAUAAAGUUCUUUAAUUUAAUAAAAGAGUAGUGAAUUGA